AUGAGUUCCUCUAAAGAAACAAUUGUAAAAAUAGAGGAACUUAGCAAUGGAAGGGAAAGUCAAAAAACUACCAUUAAUAUCUUAUGCUUAGAUAUUACUCACUAUAGUCAAUUGACACAGUUUGGAUUAUGUUCUGCAUUUGUGUUUAUAUGUUAUUUAGCAUAUGGAUAUUUCCUAGAAUUAAUAUUCACAGGUCCAGAAGUUAAACCUGUGAGUUUAUAUAUAACAUUACUUCAAUUUUUAAUUACAAUGGUCUUCAGUUAUGUAGAAUCAUUAAUAAGGAACCCUAUCAAAAGGAAAGUGCCCAUAAGGACAUAUGCUAUUUUGGCAGCAUUAACUCUAGGUACCAUGUCGUUUUCUAAUUUAGCUCUAAGCUAUUUAAAUUACCCUACACAACUGAUUUUCAAGAGUUGUAAACUUAUUCCUGUAAUGAUUGGAAGUAUUAUAAUAUUAGGAAAAAGAUAUGGUUUCUUGGAUUACAUAGCAGCCAUUAUUAUGUGCAUUGGAUUAACUAUGUUUACAUUAGCUGAUUCAAAUACAUCUCCAAAUUUUGACAUAAUUGGUGUAAUUGUAAUUUCAUUGGCACUCUUAUGUGACGCUAUCAUUGGUAAUGUACAAGAGAAGGCCAUGAAACAGUUCCAGGCCUCCAAUAAUGAAGUAGUGUUUUAUUCUUAUGCUAUUGCUUGCAUAUAUCUUGUGGUCAUCACCGGAGUGUCUGGAAUAAUGACAGCUGGAUAUAUUUAUUGCUCAGAGAUGCCUGUAAAAUUAUACACAAACAUCUUCCUUCUAAGCUUAAGUGGAUAUAUGGGUUUACAAGCAGUUCUGACACUGGUGAGGAUCUGCGGAGCGACUGUGGCAGUCACUGUCACAACCAUGAGGAAAGCACUGUCAAUCAUCAUAUCCUUCUUGCUAUUCAGCAAACCUUUUGUCUUCCAAUAUGUGUGGUCUGGAAUGCUCGUUGCAUUAGCAAUUUACCUAAACCAUUACAGCAAGAAACAUCCACAUUAUGUGCCCCUGCCUCUGCUUCACUGCUGGCAUUACAUGCAGUCCUUCUACCAAUCUGAGUACAGAUAUUUGAAGAUAAAAACUAAAAUUUAUGCUGAUACAGUAUAA